AGCACGUAAGGAAGCGAUGGAGGCUCGUCUUGGUCGUACUAACAUUGAAGAGACAUUGUUCCAUGGUACCGAUGAGCAAACGUGUGAUAAGAUCAACAAGUUUGGUUUCAAUCGCAGCUUCUGUGGAAAGAAUGCAACUGCCUACGGAAAUGGAACCUACUUUGCGGUGAAUGCUAACUAUUCAGCACGACCGCAAUACGCAAAGCCUAAUGCAUACGGUGUGCGGCACAUGUACCUGACAAAGGUUCUUGUCGGUGAUUACAUCAGAGGCAAUCACGGAAUGAUAACUCCUCCCAACAAACCAAGUCAUCCGGACCAGCAGUACGACUGCGUGGUGGACAAUGUAAACCAGCCAGGCAUCUAUGUUAUCUUUCAUGAUGCACAAGCCUACCCAGAAUACCUCAUCAAAUUCCAGUAAGCAAGUCAAACACUUCAGAUGGUAGUUGUAUUUGUUCUGCAACUAAUACGAUUGAACGAUUUGCAGCCCCUUUGAUACAACCCAUCAGCAGCACAGU